AUGGAGCCUGCCCGAAAAAGCGGCUCCAACGCAGCAGCUGACCCGGCCCGGUCUCCGGUUCCUCGCGUCCGCGCCACUGAACCCGGCGGCACAGGGCGAGCGGGCCGCCGGGCGGCGGGAGGGGUCGUCCGACGAAUUGCGUGCCGGCGCAGCCACGCGCAGCCGGCCCCCCCGCUCGCUCGCUUCGCGCUGGCAGGGCCGGGUCCGCCUGCGCCGCGCUCGCAACGGCGAGCAGCGCGCGGCGCGCGCCAGCCGCCCGACGCCUCGCGCUCGCGGCAGCGGCCAGAGGUAAUAUGGCGUCAGGUAUUGGUAAAAGCUCGUCAAAAUCCACCGCUGGUAUUAACAACAAUUCUGUAUUCAUGUAUGCGUCUCAGUGUAAAUAAAUGCCAAAGGAUAUAGAUUAUUCACUAUUUUAUUAUUUUCUUGAUUACACAACGACAAGAUUUUAUUAAAGAA